AUGCAGAAUAUAUCAGCUGUGACUUCCUUCAUAUUGGUAGCAUAUACAGAAAUGGAAAAACUGAAAUAUCUUUAUUUCACUGUAUUCCUUCUGCUUUACCUCCUAAUAUUAUGUUUGAACCUACUUGUCAUUGGUGUGAUUUAUUCACAGAAAAGUCUGCAUUAUCCAAUGUACAUAUUUGUGUGUAACCUUGCGGUGAAUGGAAUUUAUGGGAGCACAUCCUUAAUCCCCUAUCUUCUUUAUCAGCUGAUGUCUCCCUCACAUGAAAUCUCUCUGGGACUCUGUCUGGCACAGAUUUACUGUUUGCACACAUAUGGAUUUAUUGAGUUCUGUAUAUUAGCAGUCAUGAGCUAUGAUAGGUACAUUGCAAUUUGUCGCCCGUUACACUAUCAUAUGUUCGUGUCUACGCAAAAUGUGAUUGGUCUGAUCGUCUUGUCCUGGACUUAUCCCCUUACUGCUUUUGGCCUGUGUAUUAUACUUACAACUAAACUCACUUUUUGUAGCAGGUUUAUUCCUAAAGUUUACUGUGCAAAUUUUAUGCUAGUUAGAUUGUCGUGUUUUGAUACUACAGUUCAUAAUGCUGUUGGCCUGGUCACAGUGAGUUUUUUUGUUCUUUUCCCAAUCUCAAUGAUAUUGUUUUCCUAUAUACAAAUUGUCAGAAUCUGCAUUCUCGCCUCGAAAGAAUCUCGUUUCAAAGCUCUAACAACUUGCGCUCCUCACCUGUUAGCUUUUGUGAAUUUUUUAGUUGGAAGCAUUUUUGAAAUUAUCCAGAGCCGGUUUGAAAUGAAUUAUUUACCUUACGAAUUUCGCAUGUUCAUAUCUCUUUAUUUCCUAAUAUUUUCUCCUUUGCUAAACCCUGUAAUUUAUGGACUGAGUGUUCAUAACAUACGAGUCCAAUUUUUAAAAGUUUUUCCUGUCACUGAGUAA